UGGACUUAUACCAUUUUGCAUAAAAAUCAUAAACCGGUGUUGCUGACAUGAACUGUAAUACCACUCCAGGACGCUGGGAGCGCCAGAGAGCGCUUCGUCAGCCUCGGGGGGUUGUUGCUUGGAGUGGUUGGCUUUGUUGUCCUGAUCACGGUUUAUCAUGGAGGCAGGUCAGAGCAAUCGACUGGCUGGUUAGUGGUUAUCGCUCAGGUUUCACGCCGUGUUUACUGCUUAUCUUAGUUGUUUCCAUCGCACACGGCAUGUGUGUGAUUUGUUUUGGUUUAAAGAGAACAAAAAAAGGCUGUCAUCGCACACUGAACCAUCAUCAUCAUCAUUCCUGCCAGGGAGUAAUCAAAUGCUCCUCUCGGCAGCUAUGUCUACCGACUCCACCCGUGACAUCCUGCUGGCAAAUCCGGGAUUUCUGGAUGUCCCUCCUGAGGAGGACUUUCCAUCAGGACGAAUCCGCUCAGAAAAGUUACUCCCACAUUCUGCUGCUUCAAUGGCAGACGUAACCCCGGAAAAGAAGCUCAGGGACGGAGAAGAAGCUGUCAACGGGGCUGCUGCACCUCCUUCAGGAUCCAGUAAGAGCGAUCACUCAACGGAGGCCCCUCAGCCAGAGAAAGAUGGACAAAAAGACCCCCAGGUGAAGACAGCAGAGGUUCAGAAGCAGGUGGACGAUGACUCGGACGACAGUGAUGUGUCCGAGGUGUUCGAGGAAGAGGAGUUUGAUGAGGAGGAGGAUGAGGAGGACGAGGAGGAGCUAAGUAAUGAGCAGAGUAAUUCCGGUGACUUCUGCUGCAGCAUCUGCGGCCUCCAGCUCCCCUCCAAGUUUAAGCUCCAGGACCACAUGAAUCUGCACACAGGAGCGCGUCCGUACUGCUGCGCCGAAUGUGGGAAGCGCUUCUGUCAGAUCUACAACUACAGACUCCACCUACGCACACACGCCAAGGCCAAAGUGGAGUGCCACUGGUGUCGCAUCUGUCUUACUGGCUUCUCCUCGCAGGAAGACCUGAAGCAGCACCUGUCCAGAACGCACUUUGAGGAGCAGUUUUACGAGUGCGACCUGUGCAAACGCGUAUUCGCCUCUCUGAAGGAGUGCGAGAACCACGUGCGGUUGCACAAGUGUGUGGUAAACAUUGUAUGCGACAAGUGCGGCCGCAGUUUCCGCACCGAGAAGUCCUUGGCACGGCACAGAAAGAAGAGGUGCCUUCGCAACUUUAAGUGCACGGACUGUGGGGAGACCUUCGCUAAGAAGAACGCUCUGCUGAAACAUAGUUUCUCGCACCUCAGCUUGCUGCCUUACACCUGCAUACGCUGCCGCUGCCACUUCCGGCUGGCCAAGCUGUACCGGCAACACAAAUGCGAACCUGAGCGCAUCCACUGUGUGGCAUGCCUGAGAGAGUUCCCCAGUCAGGGGGACUUCCAGCGGCACAAAAAGGACACGGGCUGCUGGGGCAAUCAGGAGCCCAACCAGAAAACAGACGAGAUCCGCUGUUUAGAGUGCGGCCAGAGGUUUGACACCUCGGAUGAGCUGAAGAAGCAUGCCGGUGCUCACCAGAGGGUGCUGAAGUGUGCAGAGUGUGGGAAGGGCUUCCGCUCGGCCUUGCUGUUGAUGUCCCAUAUGGGCGGUCAUGCCGGGCAGUCGCCCUGCUUCUGUCAGAGCUGUGGGCUGGGCUUCCCUCACCAGCAAAACUACGACAUUCACCUCAAAACCUGCGGGCAGACUCCUUCUCCUGCAAGUGUUCCUAAGAAGCGUCACACCUCGAAGAGCUCUCUUCCUCGGAAAAGAGAUCUAAAGAACACAGCCCCUGGUUCUAAUGCCGAUGCUGCUUCAAACAGCCCUGCUGCACCAGGAAAGGAUUUCGUUAGUCCAAGACCACCCAGGACAGAGAUGGGGACAUCAGAGGGACUGUGGACCAUAACUCUGGAUGAGAACCCGCCUCCUGGGAUGAACCUAGUGGUGUUUCUUCCAGUCUGUCCAACUCAAAGCGACGGGCUACCGCUCCCAUCCAGCAACCCCCAGACAUUACCUGUCGGCGUCGUGCAGGCCAUGCCUCAAGGGUCUCCAUCUUUACUGUCAAAAAACGAACCGAUGGGAGUGAAUGCUGCUGUUAGAGCCUCGCUGAACCCCUGCCUGGAGUUGGUAACGGACUUCACGGCACAGGGCCCGGAAACUCCUUUGGAUUUGUCCAAAAAGCCAAACUCGCCUAAAUGCGCGGAGUCAGACAUUCCUCUUGUUUCAGUCAAAAGUGAGCCGAGCGAAUUUGAAAUCUCAGGACAGGCCAACGGUUCAGAAAAGCAAGGGAAAAAACCCAAGACGGAUGGACAGAUGGACAUGUGUAGUGCAACAAAGCGAUGUAAAAUAGAGUCCACAGUUCUCUCUCCUCUCAGCGCUCACACAGCGUCACCUCCUCUAACAGUGGACUUUAAGAAAGCUCCUCAUUCUCCUGGUCCUGAUGUUGAUGUGUGGUCGUCCACGUGCAGCCAGCUGACAGACUGUAAACAAGAGAAAAACAUUAAAAUGGAAAUGGACAUUUAAAGAUGUGUCUGUGCUGAUGCAUCAGAGGAAGAAUAAAACUCACCCUGCAAAGGACACACGUAUUUUGCAAUAAUUCUAGACAGAAACUAUAGAUGGCACUGUUAUUAUAUUCCUAGUAGUGACUUGAAAAAUUACACAAAACAGGAAAUAUCUAUCAUGCAGAUUUAUUAAGAGGAAGCAUUGUCUUAUUUGUUACUAUGAUUCCUUCUUUUUUUCUUUGGGACUUUGGACAGAAAGCUGGCAAUAAAUGAAAGAAACGGCAGCCGGAGAUGAAACUGUUUUCUUUCAAUAAUCAUCAAGGCAUUCCACUAAUGUGUACGUUUCUGUUUGAAUGUGUAUUCUGGAUCAGGUGUGGGGAGUGACUAAGUUAUGCAGAGUUGUGUUAGAUUUCUGUUGACACCUAAACACCUCCUUGGUUCUUGUAUAUUUGUGUGGAGAAUCAAAAUCUUCAGUUUUUUGUGUGUAUUUUUUUUCACUGUAAACAUUUCAGUAUUUAAAAGGUUAAAAAGUAGUGGUGCUGGUAUUUGGCCACCUUGGGAUUUACAUUAUUUGUGUUAUGUAUAAUCUAAUUGUACUGUGUUUUUCAAAGGCGAUUAAACAUUUGUUUUUGAA